AUGGCUGUACGUCUGCUCCCUACGUUGCUUUGCUCCGUCUGCGAUCGCGGUACCCCGCAGCAAGCUGACAAGAAGCUUCCCGAGGUCGACCUGGUCACCCGCAUGCAGGUCGACGACUCCGUCGUUGGGAACACGGAAAUCGACGAGUCCCUCUACAGUCGCCAGCUCUAUGUCCUGGGCCACGAGGCCAUGAAGCGCAUGGGCGCUUCAAACGUCCUCAUUAUUGGUCUGAAGGGUCUGGGUGUCGAAAUCGCGAAGAAUAUCGCUCUUGCCGGUGUCAAGAGUCUUACCCUCUACGAUCCCGGCCACGUUGCCCUUGCUGAUCUGUCUUCACAAUUCUUCCUCCGCCCCGAGGACGUCGGAAAGCCGAGAGACGAGGUCACCGCGCCCCGGGUCGCUGAGUUGAACGCAUACACGCCUGUCAAGGUCCACCAGUCAUCCGAUUUGGGCGAGAACCUCUCCCAGUUCGACAAGUACCAGGUGGUCGUCUUGACCAGCCUUCCCCUGAAGCUGCAGACUCUCAUCGGCGACUACUGCCACUCCAAGGGCAUCUACGUCGUGGCUGCGGACACUUUCGGUCUUUUCGGUUCGGUUUUCUGCGAUUUCGGCGAGAAGUUCACCGUCAUCGACCCGACCGGCGAGACACCCCUGAGCGGCAUCAUCGCGGGCAUCGACGAGGAGGGUCUCGUGUCCGCUCUCGACGAGACUAGACACGGGCUCGAGGAUGGCGAUUACGUUACCUUUUCCGAGAUCGAGGGCAUGGAAGGUCUGAACGGAUGCGAACCCAGAAAGAUCACGGUCAAGGGCCCCUACACCUUCUCGAUCGGCGACGUGUCUGGCCUUGGGCAGUACAAGCGCGGCGGCCUCUACCAGCAGGUCAAGAUGCCCAAGGUUAUCGACUUCAAGAGCAUCACUGCCGCGAUCAAGGAGCCCGAAUUCGUCAUUUCCGACUUUGCCAAGUUCGACCGGCCCCAGCAGCUGCACUUGGGCUUCCAGGCGCUGCACGCCUUCGCCGCGAGCCAGGGGCGUUUCCCCAACCCUUUGGACGACGCGGAUGCGACGGUGAUCCUCCGGUCCGCCGAGGCGUUUGCCAAGGCCGAGGGCGUCGAGGUCGAGUUCGACGAGAAGCUGCUCAAGGAGCUGAGUUACCAGGCCCUUGGCGAUCUCAACCCCAUGGCGGCCUUCUUCGGUGGAAUCGUCGCGCAGGAAAUCCUCAAGGCCGUGUCCGGAAAGUUCCAGCCCAUUCAGCAGUGGAUGUACUUUGAUUCGCUCGAGUCUCUGCCGACCAGCACGCCGCGCACCGCCGAGCUUUGCAAGCCCUUGGGUACCCGAUACGACGGACAGAUUGUUGUAUUCGGCCGUGAGUACCAAGACAAGAUCGCCAACCUGCGCCAGUUCCUCGUUGGAGCCGGUGCCAUCGGUUGCGAGAUGCUCAAGAAUUGGGCCAUGAUCGGCUUGGGUACAGGUCCCAAGGGUAAGAUCACUGUUACCGACAUGGACUCCAUCGAGAAGAGCAACCUCAACCGCCAGUUCCUUUUCCGCCCCAAGGAUGUCGGCAAGAUGAAGAGUGACUGUGCCGCCGCCGCCGUGCAGGCCAUGAACCCCGACCUCAACGGCCACAUUGAGUGUCUGAAGGAUCGCGUCAGCCCCGAGACCGAGGAGAUCUUCAACGAGCAGUUCUGGAACAGCCUGGACGGCGUCACCAACGCCCUCGACAACGUGGAGGCGAGAACGUACGUCGACAGACGCUGCGUCUUCUUCCGCAAGCCUCUGCUCGAAAGCGGUACGCUCGGAACCAAGGGCAACACGCAGGUUGUGCUCCCGCACCUGACCGAGUCCUACUCCUCGUCCCAAGACCCCCCUGAGAAGGAGUUCCCCAUGUGCACAGUCCGCAGCUUCCCCAACAAGAUCGAGCACACGAUUGCGUGGUCCAAGGACCACAUGUUUGAGAACCUCUUCAUCACAUUCCCUUCCACAGUCAACCUGUACCUGACCCAACCGAAGUACAUCGAGGCCACGCUCAAGCAGGGUGGCAGCGCCAAGCUGACUCUGGAGACUCUCCGCGACUACCUGACCACCGAUCGUCCUCGCACCUUUGAGGACUGCAUUGCGUGGGCCCGUAUUCUGUUCGAGAAGGAGUUCAACAACAAGAUCCAGCAGCUUCUGCACAACUUCCCCAAGGACUCCACGACCUCGAGUGGGACGCCCUUCUGGUCUGGACCCAAGCGCGCUCCUGAGCCUCUCAAGUUCGAUGCCAACAACCCCACCCAUUUUGCGUUCGUCGUGGCCGCCGCCAACCUGCACGCGUUCAACUACAACAUCAAGUCUCCCGGCACCGCCAAGGACAUUUACCUGCGUGAGCUCGAGAAUGUCAUCGUGCCGGACUUCUCGCCCGCGGAGGGUGUCAAGAUCCAGGCGAACGACAGUGACCCUGACCCCAACGCUGAAUCCGGCGAGGGCAGCUCCUUUGACGACAACGACGAGCUCCAGAAGAUCAUCGCCAGCCUGCCGUCUCCCAACGAUCUGGCCGGCUUCCAGCUUCAGCCCGUGGACUUUGAGAAGGACGACGACUCGAACCACCACAUCGACUUCAUCACAGCCUGCAGCAACCUCCGCGCUGCCAACUACAAGAUUGAGCAGGCCGACCGUCACAAGACCAAGUUCAUCGCCGGCAAGAUCAUCCCCGCCAUUGCGACGACAACGGCUCUCGUCACCGGCCUGGUCAUCAUGGAGUUGUACAAGGUCAUCGACGGCAAGCAAGAUCUGGAGCAGUACAAGAACGGUUUCAUCAACCUGGCGCUGCCCUUCUUCGGCUUCAGUGAGCCGAUCGCCAGCCCAAAGGUGGAGUUCAAGGGCCCCAAUGGCGUCGUCAAGCUUGACAAGAUCUGGGAUCGCUUCGAGGUCGCAGACAUCACGCUCAAGGAACUUCUCGAGCAUUUCGAGAAGCAGGGUCUCAGCAUUUCCAUGCUCAGCUCGGGCGUCAGUCUGCUGUACGCCAGCUUCUUCCCCCCGGCCAAGCUGAAGGACCGCCAGAACCUGAAGCUCAGCCAGCUGGUGGAGACUGUCUCCAAGAAGCCCAUCCCUGCUCACCAGAAGGAGGUCAUCUUCGAGAUGGUGGCCGAGGACGUGGACGGCGAGGAUGUCGAGGUUCCUUAUAUCAAGAUGAAGAUGGCAUAA